UUUUUUUUUUUUUAUAGGCUCAGUGUCAUCUGGGCUGGUUUCCUCGGUCCCUGACUAACCGCUUUCUGCCCCUUCUCUCGCCACCCCCGCCCAAGGUCGCCCCUCGCCCUUGCCCCUGGCCCAGGAGGGUGGGAAGCUUUGUCCCGCUCCCUUCCCACCCGCGUCUCCGCAGCCGUAGCCGCACCUGCCUCAAUAUGAAUGGGGUCAACGACCCACCUUUUUUUAUAAAAGAUAUUAAGCCCGGACUGAAAAACUUAAAUGUCGUCUUUAUUGUCCUGGAGAUAGGACGCGUGACCAAAACCAAAGACGGCCAUGAAGUGAGAUCAUGCAAAGUAGCAGAUAAAACGGGCAGCAUCACUAUUUCCGUGUGGGACGAAAUCGGAGGUCUUAUACAGCCAGGGGAUAUUAUUCGGUUGACCAGAGGGUAUGCAUCCAUGUGGAAAGGAUGUCUGACACUUUAUACUGGAAGGGGUGGAGAACUUCAAAAAAUUGGGGAAUUUUGUAUGGUUUAUUCAGAAGUGCCAAAUUUCAGUGAGCCCAAUCCAGAUUAUCGAGGACAACAAAACAAAGGGGCACAUAGUGAACAGAAGAAUAAUUCCAUGAAUAGUAAUAUGGGUACAGGUACAUUUGGACCAGUGGGAAACGGGGUUCAAACUGGCCCAGAGUCAAGGGGAUGCCAAUUUUCAUAUGCUGGUAGAAGCAAUGGCCGGGGACCAAUAAACCCACAGCUACCAGGAACAGCUGCUAAUCAAACGGUCAUGAGCACACUAAGUAAUGGCAGGGACCCUAGGAGAGCCUUGAAAAGAUGACCUAUGCCAAGUGCUCACAUGUGGUUUUUAAACUAUAUGCCCUACUUGAAUACUUACUGCACUUUUAUUUAUUGUUAACUGUGAAAACUAUGUUCUUUAUCGGUUUCCUUUUAUGGUUUUGGUUUGUUAACAAGGGUGGUUUGUUUUUAUAGCAACACUGUUAAGCUGCUCAAGUCUCCUAUCGAAGAAUGGGAACACACUGAAAAGUAGGGGCAUUUAAUUUUAGGGCAAAUAAGUCUUUGAUAUCCUCUAAAACACCUGCACCCAUUUCAUGGGUGAGUUACUCAAGACAUCAGCGUUAUAGCCUCUAUGAGUCUAUCUUCUGCAUACAUUUUGUAACAUAUAAAAUAAGGGUUAGUGGGAGAUGUUCUCUGUCUUAAAUUCAGAUGUUGCCAACUAAAGCAAUAACCACCAAAAAAAACAACAAAAAACCAGUGCUAACAGUGAUUUAUGAGUGUUUGUGACCCCAGGAAUGAUUGACGUUUUCAUUGAGUGACUGCCAUUAAGGUUUUCAAGGUCAGAAUCGUCCUAAACUCUUGUUUUAGUACCAAAACACAUGUUCUUUACCAGAAUGAUGGAGUAGAAUGUGAUCUGUAGUGUAACGAGUGAUUUUUUAGAAGAAAGCUACAAUUACUUUAUUUUAGGGUAGUCUAUUUGUCAUCAACUUUGUGCAUUACACUGAAGGAAAAUUUAAAACUGAGGCCUUGAAUAUUUAUUUUUUGAAGCAACCAUGUCAAAUAUUAAAGUAUAAUUUGAGGAAGUUAUAAAGUCGUAAUAAACAUUAAUUAUUUAUAAAAAUUAUGGGAGAUAAACAUAGUGAAGGCAAUUCAAAUUGAAUUCAUGGAGAAAUACGCAGCCUUAAGUUAUAGGGUCCUAGGUACUUGGAAAAACUCAGCCUGGAGUAGAAAUCCUGGGUACUUACUUUAUUUGAACGUUGUGUGUGUGUGUGUGUGUGUGUGUGUGUGUGUUUGUGUGUGUUCGUGUGUGUGUGUUCGUGUUCAUAGUUUCUGAACACAGUUCACAAAGCCUUAUCAGCAAAAGUUAAGACAUGGCUCUCUCAAAGAAGCAAAUAUAGCUUUAUUCAGAAAUGUAAAGGUAGAGUUUAUUUAUGUGUUGUAAAUGGUCCCCAGUUCCACUUUUUAUUGUAGGGUGGAUAACUGGUAAAAUUUUCCUUUGUUAGAAUUCAACUCUCUUUCAAUAUUGUCUCUGGAAUAAAAACUUGCGUUGAUGUUAGCAGACCUACCUUAUUUUUGCUCUUUCAGUGAUUUACAAUGGAGAGCCAGUACAUUUUACUGCAACAAUGAUGACUUCAGCCUGGCCAUGACUUAGCUCUGCAUUUGUUGCUCUGUCCUUUCCCCCACCUCAAAUCCCCAAAUAAUUUAAGUAGACUUUGUUUCCUGAAGAUUCCAUAGUUUUUGAAUAUAAAAUUUGUACCCGAUAAUAUUUGUUUGCUCUAAGUCCGAGCAUCUAACAAAUACUUGAGUCCAUGCUACGUAUCAGGUACUAUGAGGAGAGUUAGGGGUAGAGGAAAUAAUGAAUGAUCUCAAGGAGCUCAUUUAUGGUUUAUAGCACUUCAGUAAUGGCUUUCCAUAUUAUAGAAAGAAGUUUUUCCUUUGUUUAUAUACUGAUGAUUAUAGUUAAUUUGGCUUCCUGACUAAUAUUUUCUUAAGAUGUUUACAAAAUUAUAGACAUUUGGAGUCAAGGAAAAUCAAAUUAGUAUGUAAGUUCUCUUUUAAAUCUAAGUAGUGGGAGGAACAAUAACACUUAAGUUAUUCAUGGGAGAAGAGAGUGUUAAAGGUGAUUUUAAAAGAAUUUUGGAGUUUUGGAAAAUUAAAAUAUAAGUGAAUUGCUGAGCUGCCAAUUCUGGCCUCAUUAUCUCCUCAUUUGUGAUGUUGGGCAAAUUAUUGUUUUUGAAAUCUCUGUAAGCCUUAGGUUCUACAACUAUAAAAGCAAGUAAGUAAUAUUACAAUCUUAUAGAGUUACUUAAGAUUUUCCAUGUAAGUGAAUAGAAUGAUUUCUGGCACACAAUAAGCAGUUGAAUAUUGUGUGUUUGUUGUCUAGUCAUACCUCAAGAAGAGAAAAAAAUGCAAGGUUAGGUGUAGAAGUAUUGUUACUCUUUAACAUGUUGAGAUUAAAUAGAGAAAAACCUAAGCUUUUACUUUUGUAAUUGACACUUGCUUCGAUAAUCUAACCUUGUUGUUCUGUGUUCUUUAUUAACAAAUUUCUGUUUUCUUAAGGGGAGCCUCCAAAAGCAAAGCAAAGUGAGUUACAAUCCAUAAUGAAUAUUUGCCUUACCAGCCUGCUUGGACAGUACUCAACAAGAAGUUAAGAGGAAGCAAAUUCCCUGCCUUCCUCUUUCCUGAUGCUUUCAGCUUUCAACUUAUUUUUAAAUCAGUUUAAACACCUCCUGGAAUCAGAAACCAUUUAGUUUAGAAAUACACACUCCUAGGAUUGAGUCCCAUUUCAUUUCUACAAAACAGUUCUGAAGUGCCUGAAGUCUCAUGGACCAGCUGGCCCCUCCUGUUGGGUCAGGUUCUGUAGGGAAUUGCUAUGGUACAGAAGUGGAAACAUGAAACCCUAAGUCCAGAUGAUGAUGAUGGGUAAUAGUGAAGGCUGCAGUGUGUUUUCCCAUUAGCAUUUAAACAGUUAGGUUUUCCUAUAGUGUACCAACUCUUGCUUUGCUCCUGUAGGUUUAGGGAUUCUGUUUUAAAUGUGAGGACAGAUUAACUUGAGGAUACCUGGAAUAUUUGCAGUGCUGAGUAUUUGUCACUUGUAUUUUAUCAUUUAAUAUUUUAAAAUAAUGUUUAAUUUUAUUGGUUGAGUAAUAAUGCCAAGGGAAUGAUGCUGAACACAAAUAGAUGUGAAGUUAGUAAAGUUACAGUUUAUGAUACGAGAAUGUUGAUAGUGAGGUGAUUAACUGGCCCUAUAAAGAGUCCUCA